AACAAGAGGAAGCAAAGUAAGCCUUUGCGAUAGUGAAAACUGGGAAUGGGCCAAUGCCUUACAGAAGCCAUUGAGAUUCAUAACGUCCUUCAUUACUUAUAAAUAUUUUAUUAAAAUACAUUUGAGAAAGAAGGAAGGGCAUGGAGCUUAUGGCACGCUUUAUAGAGCGAUAUUUACAUUUUGCUCCUUCAAACACAGAACCUCCGGGAACAUUGAUUUGGUUUUUAGGACAGUCAUACAAAAGUGAAGAUAAUCAAUGGCCAGAGAAAUUUUUAGUAGACUCUUUUUCGCUGAUUACAAUCACUUAUCGAUCAGGAAUUGAUGGUUUAGAUAAUUUGGCUUCUGACGCCGGUUGGGGAUGCAUGAUUCGAUCUACUCAAACGUUGCUAGCUAACGCUAUUCGAAUUUUGUAUCCAGAAAAGGAACUUUAUAGCAUUGUGAAUCUGUUUGCCGACGAACCAGCAGCCCCCUUUUCGAUUCAUCAAUUUGUGUAUAUGGGAAAACAGUACUGUGACAUUCCACCUGGUCAUUGGUUUGGUCCAAGUGCUUCUAGCUCAUGCGUUUCGAGACUAUGUGAACAAUAUGAGGACCUUGGCUUACAUGUAUACGUAGCCAAAAAUGGUACAAGCGUUUAUCGAGAUCAGCUCUUUCGGAAUCCAUUUCCUAUACUACUUUUAAUUCCUACUCGAUUGGGCAUUGACUCUGUUAAUGACUUAUAUCAUGAGCAAAUUUUACGUGUUUUUGAAAUUCCUUCGUUCGUUGGUAUAACUGGUGGUCGACCGAGAUCUGCACAUUACUUUUAUGCUCGGCAAAACCAACAUUUAUUUUACCUUGAUCCUCAUUGCACAUACUCUGCCCAUACAACAUGCCAACCUGCUUCUGAAGAUACAUUUCACACAGCAAGUUUACGACGGAUAUCUCUUCACGAACUAGAUCCAUGCAUGGUUUUUGGGUUUCUCUUUAGAAAUUCAGAUGAAGCUAUUGAUUUUGAACAACAUCAGAAAAAAAUUUCAGAUAUUGUGCAAUAUUUCGACGUUGAACCAAAACUGUUCGAUUCCCAUGAUGACUUUGUAAUGGACGACAACUUUGAUGACUGCUUAUAAUGCCCUCUAGCUUACUGAUGAUUAAUGAUUAAUUUAAAUGACCUACUAUUAUUUAGUGUUCUUAUAACCAUGCCUUUGUAACAUGACCAAGGCUUUCCUUUUUCCGCUUACUUGGAAAGCGUUCUCUGAAUUAAGUAUUGGUGUUUUAACUGGCGACUUGGAAACACAUAAUUUUCUUCAAUGAUGAAUGAUAAUGUUAUAAAUUAAAAGGCUUAUUAUUGACGAGCGUCUAGGACGACCGAAUGUGGAUGGAUGUUUUAGGUUUAAAGCUUUCGUCUUUAUACAUAUAGCUAAUUGAUCGGAAAUAUAUUUUCGAUAGGCAACUUUAUAUAGUUACUUUUAGAAAACUAAUUUUACUGAAGUUAUUUACGUACGCCUAGAGACUUCAAGUCAAGAUGUUGCAAUGUUAAAUGGCGAGAUUUGCGUAUCUAAGGAAAUGAUCCUCAUAAUAGUUGUAAAUCAACCUUCUUGACUCAUUCCAUUUUUGUUGCUCAUUUGACAUUAAGGAAAUCUUGGCAGAAUGGCUUUAUCGAUGAUACACCGAGCUCCUGAGUCUGUGACACUGUGUAUUGAGGACUUUUCUCGCUACUUACUGGUUGUAAUUAUUUCUUACAAAAUCAAUUGUAUCCUUACUAUAUUAGUAUGGCUGGUUCGUCAGACAAACUGGCCUUAGAGUUGAACAACCAUAUAGCAUGCAAACAGUUCAUGGACAUAUAUAGUACCAUUUAGGCUUACUCUUUACGCAGUAUUAUAAAGCUUUAAAGCCUUAAUGAAAGCUUAUUGUUAAAGAUAUCGUUUUAAAAUGCCUUUUCAUGAAUUAUCUCUCAUUGGAUAGGUUUUUCGACUUACUUCUAAUACCCUUUGCAGACAGAUUAUUAAUUACAUUGGCCGCUACAUUCCAUCCAAUGCCAUGAAUUAUCUCAUAAAAUGAAUAGAGCUCAUGAAAGCAUUAUCACGAGCA